GCAGCAAGUUUGCACGAAGGAAAUUUUGCUGAAGCAAUAAGUUCUGUCGUCUUCCACGAUCGUUUUGCUGUCGUAUGCGGGAGAUCCAUUGUGUACGCUUCUACUGCUGCUGUUAGUUACUCGGCUUGAAAUAAUCGAUCAUCACGCUAAAGCGGCCUGGAACUGAUGGUAAUCCGAAUCGACUUUGCGAAAAGGAAAAGAAGUCCGGUGGACCUCGUCAACUAGGUUGGCUACAACGAUGGGCUUUUUAAGCUUAGUUUUUGACUCUAGCAGCUGCUCUUCUACACGGGUUCACUAAAGUUUCGGUUUUUUUUUGAAGAACGAGCAAACAAGAAAAGGUACCAGCACCGGGUAUUCAUCAACUACAUUACGUCCUCCUUACUUUCUUCAACAUGGCCGCCGAGGCUCGAAUCAUUUGCGACCGGCCGAAGCAGAUGCGGCACAACGGCAUGACAUCGGAACCAAGGCUGCAGCUGAUUCAAUCCUUACAACUGAGAAAUCUCGACGACAUACAAACUCGGGGGGCGCGGUACACCGGCAGGGUACACUUGCCAAAGGCAGCGAAUGAUGUCGAUUAUGUGCGGAGUACACCUAGCAGCAGAGGAAUCAUCGCGAAGGCAGGGGAGAGUCAGGUAGAAAUGAAGGCAUUUGCAUUUUUUUUUCGAUAUUGUCUUCACGCGGGGGCGGUGCUAGGUGAGAGCAGUAGAAAACGGCUCUAGAAAAUUUUUCUGAAUGAGUUUGUCAUGCACCCGAGGAGUCCAGAAUCAGAAUCUGCGAUCGAAAUAAGUUUGUACUGGAAAAAAAACAGCUUUCCGCCCGAGUGAACCAGCAAACGAAGCCCCGCGAGCUGUGGUCGCCACGGAAAAAGGAGCCACUGCUGGUGCAAUUUUUAAGCCCCGAAUUGACACCCGUUUCCAGCACGAGAAAAGGGCCAAAAUUCCAGAAUUUGCGAGUCCCACCGGACCCGGCGUCCACGGUGACAGGACUGAAAUUUACGGGCCGACCGAAGGUCCAGUUCGACUUCAAGAAUAUUCUGGACGAAGUGAUCCUAGAACCGAAGCGGGGAAAGGUAAAACGUUCGUAGUAGAUGUGUUUUUGCUCUAGUUUUCAGGGUCAGUUCUGUUCUGUAAUUGUCGCGGGACGGGAUUCGACGAAGCCGGAAGUUAAAGUUUCAUUUCUCAUGCAGAUUUAUUUCCUCGCUCCUGAAGUUGAAAUGAAAAGUUGUCAAAUCGAAAAACUCCACUCUCGCCCAUAAAUACCAAAUCAGCGCAUCCAGUGGCACGACGACAUUCUGUCCGCCGGACACGGGGGCAUCGCCUACAACGGACUUUGCCAGUUUCAUCCCUACUGCUUCUCUUCGUAGGGUCCCGCGACAGGGGGGCGCACAUGGCAGGUUUUUUUCGACGCAGCUGUCUCAAGAUCGAAGAUCCUUUUUUGUAGUAAAUUAAAGACCUACGUGUUGUGUUAAGAUCGCACUUGGCGGUUUUUUUUUUGUGUCCUUGCUCCUCUUUCAUAAUUUUCUUUUUCAUUCAACCGAUUUGACGAUCAUUCUCAUAUUGUGACACUUGCACUUUUGUGUACGAGGACUUGUUCCUUGACGUUAUUCGGGUUUGAGUUUGAGGACUCAAAUUCUGCAAGCUUGAAAAGUUUUACAACUUACCCUGUAGAAUUUUUGUACCGAGGAAGUCACCACGCAGUCAUCUGUAUCUCUCUUGGAUUUUUGGCAUAUCAUAUGACAAAUUUGAUUCAAGGUCGCUGUCAAAUUCAAUUGUAUCCACCUUGCUUUUGAUGUAAUCCAUCACAG